AUGCAAGCUGAUACGACAGAUUCUUCAGAUUGGCAAAACACUCGCCUUCCCUCACUGACCUCAUUUGAAUCUUUGCUUCGAUGUCCUAUAUGUCAUGACUUUUUCAGCGGUCCUCUCAUCACUUCGUGUUGUCACUCGUUUUGCUCAUAUUGCAUCCGAUGCUAUUUGAAGGAUCAUUCUAUUUGUCCAAUAUGUCGUAGUGAACAACAGGAGAGUAGGUUGAGAAAAAAUCUUGUGGUUGAAGAAUUGGUAGAAGGUUUUAAUAAACUGCGGUCCUCGUUGCUCGAACAACUAGCUCCAGUACCGGAACCAAUACCAGAAUCAGAAUCCAAAUCAAUUUGUUUGCCUGAACCUAUUGUCGAGGACGAACUCGUGUACGUCGACGAAGUCUCAAAUUCCCCAUCAAUGACAAUAAAAAAUAGCCCGUCUCCCGUAGUCUCUAUUCCUUCACGCUCGUCCAGAGCAAGCACUGGAAAAAAACGAAAGGUUGCGCCUGCUACCGUUCCUUGUCCUAUAUGUGAUGACCAAAUUUCAGAAGAUCAGAUUCAGUCUCAUGUAAAUGCCUGCAUUGAUAAACAAGAAAAGGCUGCUUCCCUACAACAUGAAAUCCAAGAACUUGAGUCUUCGUUAAACUCGCUAGCAGACUCAAACGCCUCUCGUUCCAAAACUAAUGCUUUAAAAAGAACUUUGCUAAGUAAAAGAAAUACUUUACAACGGUUACGAACACCUCAAUCAAUACUUCCAUCCUCUUCUUCCUCUUCAAGCACAUCAUUAGCCACUACAAAUAGCGGAUUAUCCGUUUCUGUCACGUCUACCGUCAGUCGGAAUCAUCGUGAGAUGCCUAUAGAAGAGCGUGUUCGUCUGCCUAAAAUUACAUAUGCCAUUCUCUCCGAGUCGAAAAUGCGAUCUAAACUGUCUGAACUUGGACUGCCUACAGACGGUAACAAACAGACACUCCAGCGUCGGCACUCUCAAUGGGUCACUAUGUACAAUGCUAACCUUGAUCGAACACACCCGGUAACUCGAGCCGUGUUACUUCGUGAGCUUCGAGACUGGGAAUAUGCCCAGUCAAGAAAGCCCAUCGUAAAACGAGACAAAAUUGGAGGACCCGACUGGGAAAAGCUGUACGCAGAUGAUUUUGAGCGCCUUGUUGGAAAUGCACGAAACAACAUGAAACGAAACUCUACUGCAAAAAAACCAGGAGAAUCAAAAAAUAAUAUUUCUGCCGGAGCCAGCAGUGACGCAGCACGAGAGCCGACAAGUCAUGAGAGUGAAGUGUAA